AUUGUGGCUGAAAUAGAGUUAUGAACUGUGCCUGCUGUGGUGGUGGCUCCUCCCAAUGCUCACCCCCCGGUGAGGUCGGUGACUCGGUGGGGUGAAGUAUAUAAGGCGCGCCACUAAAAAAAAAAAUAAUAAUAAUAAAUAAAUAAAAUAAAUACCUAGGCGUGCCACACAUAAAAUGUCCUCCUCAUUGCCACCUCCAGUGAAUAAUAAAAACACAUAUUUGUAAUAAUACCUCGGUAUGAACAUAAACGAAUAUAUUAAUAAUUUCAGACAUUUAAAGAUUAACGGUACUACAAUUCCAAUAUGAGGAAACUUGGCUCAAAGAAGUAUUGAUUCCAUAUAUAAAUUAAAGGUUAAAGGUCAAGACCAUUGGACGUGCCUAAGAUGAAUUAAGGGUUACACCCAAGAGUACCAGGCAGCGUGCCACUCGGCCCCACAGAGCCAACUGCUGCUAUCGAUCUCAGAAUCCUGCAGGCGCUGCCACACACUGCUGGCAAUUCAAUGGUCAAUUUUGUGUCUAGGCGAGGCUUGAUUACUGCUAUUAAAAAGAUGACGACAAAUAAUACGGUAGUAGUUUUUACAUUAAUUUCCGUCUAUAUCUCGAUUGAAAGUAUUAUCGGAAAUAAAGUGUGAAUGGGAGAGAUUAAGGUCAACGCGUGCGCAGCAAGGUCUGCCUGAGGAGACAGAGUGAGGCGCUCUCCGCCUUCCUCAAGCCAAAACUCACUGCGCUUCACUCCAAAUUGUGUCACACUCAGUGCUUGGACUACCGUGAAAACCACUGCAGAGGUGAUUAGUGUUCGCGCCAUCCAGUGACGGCAGCCAGGAAGUGUCCGCACCACCUCGCCUUCCCUUAAACUUGGCUCUUGGUAUCGACCCGGGUUCUCGUGAGAGUUAUCUUUCCCCCACAAGAGAUCAAGCCAGAGGCUUGCAGCCUCUCCUCAGGCUGAGUUAGGUCUGGGAAUACAAUCCUCGAUGCUGUUAGAACAAAACAUUUAGCAGCUCAUAAGUCCUCCUCCCCGUGAUAGUCAGAGGACGCCAUUUCUUAACUACAAAAUGGACUCCGUUCGGAACGACAACUACCAAGGUUAUGGCAUGGGGCAGCAACAGCAGCAGCAGCAAGGUGGAGGGCAAUUCUACAUAGAUCCAGCUAAUGCGCCGCAGAAACCCCCUCAUGGUAUGUCUGUCGUGCCUGGGUCGCGGCCCUACGUGGAUCCUGAGGCCCAUGGUGAGGUUGAUCCCACAGCCUACCCAGAGCCCAAGGAAUCCACCCACAAGAUCCGCGGGCGAUCAGACUUCAUCGAUAUGUUCUGUAACAACGUGAACCAGGAAUUACUCAUCGCUAAGACCUUCUACUUCUUCUUCUUUUCUGCCUUCGGUUCACUCUUCCCUCUGAUGGCUGUGUACUUCAAACAAAUGGGCAUGAACCCCUUCCAGACCGGCGUGCUCAUCGGUAUCAGGCCAUUCGUGGAGUUCAUUGCCGCUCCAUUCUGGGGCUCCAUCGCCGACAAGUUCCAGAAGGGCAAGACCAUGUUGCUGUGUGCUGUGGGUUCAUGGAUCCUCUCCACCCUCGCUAUUGGUUUCAUCCAGCCUGCAGCCACCUCCUGCGUCAGCUUCAAUGGAACACAUCAUAUUCUUGAGGUUCCCUACGCUAGGCCUAUGCACAAAAGAAGCGUGACUCAAGAUGACUUCUUCAUCACCAACCCCGAGCUCGACGAGGCUUUCAUGGGUGUGAAUCUUCCUGUCGCCUCCAACGAGCACUUUACCUCCCCGGGCAUGAGGAUGGGCGAAACAUUCCAGUGGGAUAGCAUUCCUCUCAGUAUGCCAAGUAUUGCGAAAAGGAGGAGGAAGAGAGACGAGACGCCGCUUCCCCCUGAUCACGUCACUGGCAAGUCACCCCACGUCGUCCACUACACCGUGAACUUCGACCAGUUUCAUGGAAAUGAGGAGGAACUGCUCUCUCCUCCUUUCUCAAGCAUCGUGUACAAGUCAUCCGAUGUGCAGAAAGUGUUCUUCCUGCUGCUGUUGGUGGUGGUCAUCGGGGAGUUCUUCAGCAGCCCUGCUAUCACUCUCGCCGACUCAGCGGUGCUUACAUAUCUUGGGGAUGAAGCAGACCACUAUGGGCGGCAGAGGAUGUUUGGCUCCCUGGGCUGGGGUCUGGCUAUGUUCUUUGUAGGCAUCGCUCUGGACCAUUCCACUGCCUUCCCUGACCACCCUUGCAGACCCCAUGAGAAGGAAAGAAACUACACCAUCUGUUUUGCAGUCUUCAGUGUCCUCAUGGGUUGUGCCUUCAUCACUGCCUCCCAGUUCAAGUUUGACUACUCGGACCCGAUACCAAGUGCAGUCCAGGAGGAGGUGAAGGAGCCUGUAGACAAUGGGCCCCGUCCUUGGAAUGAACCAAAGAUACCCUUGCAAGAGCACAAGUCUCAGCGGCAGAAAAUUGAUGAAGCCAUUGGGACUAUCAAAACCAAGAUCUUUGCCCAAACUAUGAAAGAGAUGCCCGAGUGGUUUGUGGUUCUUAAAGAGUUUAAGAACCUGCGGUGUGGAGCCUUCCUCUUUGUGGCUUGGUGGAUGGGCUUUGGCAUUGGUUUGAUCUUUGCCUUCCUCUUCUGGCAUCUCCAAGACUAUGGAGGUACUCCCACUGUGUUUGGUAUUGCCAGCAUCAUGAAUCACAUAUCUGAGAUUUUUGCUUACUUCUUCAGCUUCAGACUUAUUACUCAAAUUGGCCAUGUGAAGGUCCUGUGUGUAGGGCUGACUGGAAAUGUCCUGCGUUUCCUCUACAUUUCCUGGAUGAGGAAUCCUUGGUGGGUUCUUCCCUUUGAGUUUAUUCAGGGUAUCACCCAUGCAGCAGUGUGGGCUGCCUGCUGCUCCUACAUCGCCCACAAUACACCUCCCCACCUGCGCUGCUCCUCACAAGGUGUCCUGCAGGGCAUCCAUCAUGGCUUUGGCAGGGGCUGUGGUGCCAUUAUUGGAGGCAUUUUUGUCAACUUCUUUGGGACUUCUGUUGUGUUCCGUUCGUAUGGUAUCAUCUCUCUUCUCAUCUUGGGUGCCUUUAUCUUCAUUAACUUCUACCGAAAAGAUGUUGGAUUCCAGCCUGACCUGCCACCUGAAGAAGAUCCUCAUGAGAUGGCUGAGGAAGGAACAGCUCUGGCCCCACAUGGUGUCCCAGCCAACCCCAUCCCUAGAGCCCUGAGCUCCCAGAAACUGAAUGAAGGGGCUUCUGAUGCUGGGUAUGGUACCUAUAAUGCCACAAAUGGGAUGUUAGAUAUACCAGGUGGAGGUGGUGCCCCCACCAAUCCCUUCCUUCAGGGUGGUGGGGAUGGAGGAAGUGGUGGUGGUGGUGGUGGUUACAACUACUCCACAGACACCCAACCAACUCAACCACUGUUCUCUGAAACCAAUCCCUUCCGAAAUUACUUCACCAAUCCCAGUCCCUUCCCUAGCAAGGACUCCCCCAUCAACUCCCCUGAUCUCAGCCCUGACUAUGAGAGCAUCAAACACAGGUUCCAGGCAUAUGAUGAUCUGCUGAGUGGAAGGAAUAACAUUAAGGAAGAAUUGAAAGAGCCGCCAUCGAGCAAGCCUGAGGCGGGUGUGGAGCGUGAUCCCCAGCUCAGGACAGCCUUGCAGAACUAUAAUUGGUAGGCUGACCCCUUGUUGGGCCUUGCCCCCAGGUUAGCCAUUGAAUGACUGGUAGGAUGCAUAAUCAUAACAGUUAAGUAGAACCUAUUGGUAGACAUACAUAGCCUCUAAGAGAUGGUAACACAAAACACUAGUAAGAUUCUUGAAUACUUAAUUUUUUCCUAGCAAUACACAAAUCAUUGACUUCAUGAAUUGAUGAUAUUAAGUGAUAUUAAUCAAAAUAAGAUCAUGUAUUUUAUCAUUUGGCUAAAGCAGGGUGAGAACACAUAUCUCCCAAUUAUGAUCACGCUUAGUAACUGUUAGUCACUCUUCAAACCUGUGGACCUCAGUAUUGCUAGCAUUUAAGAGUGUAAGGCAACAUACCACAAGGGAGUUAAACGAUGGACAGUUACAUUGAUACAAAAAUGGUUGGACAUUUUAUUUGUAUUAGGACACCUUCCUAAUGCGUCUCAUGACCCAUGCCGGGCAGGGAAACAAGGAGCCACACAACAAGUCACAAACGAUCAUGUCAUUGUAAAUACAUGUCCGUCAUCAUUGUAACUAUAGAAGCACCCACACCGUAGUUGUCUCAUUGCACUCAUUUAACGGCCUAGACAAGUGUAGUGACCCGUGGUACCCUUGUGGUGCAGGAUCCUCCUCCAGACAAGUAAAAGACACACUGGGAGCCAAAAAGAGAAUGUCUACCUGUAUGUUUUCAUUAGAGUUUGUUUGAUUUUCCAAUACAUUGAUAGUCAAAUGCACUGUUGCAUUGAACUUAGUUGUUCUACUGCAAGACAUUUUUUUACAGCAAUAAAUGUAUAUCGUAUAUUUUUGGGAUGGCAAGCUUUAAUUGAUAUAUUUUUGGCAGAAUAUUUCUUUUAAAUAAUGUGAGAUAUUUUAUAAGAAACAUUGUAAAUUAUGUAAAUUAAACUGUGCAUCUGUGGUUGCAAUAUUUGAAGUCUAUAAGGGAAUACAACAAUUACUUAAAAAGUUAUCAUGGUUUUAGAAAAUUACCCCAGGAAGCUGUGGGUUGUAGUAUACUUAUAUACAUACAUAUGUAUAUCUUUUCUUUCAUCAGAUUUGAGCUUUCAAGUAAUGCAUUGCAGUGUACAUAGAUGAUGCCUUUGUUAAUACAGCUUCAGAGUAAUGGAGUACCAGCCCCCUGCAUGAACAGACCCAGCAGUGUGUGUUGCUGUGGGUCUUGGGGCAAUGUUGUAACUACAUAAUUGUUUUCAUGGGGAAAGUUAGUGCAAGUCUUAAAUUUGUGCCAAGACCUCAUAGGUUUGUUGCAUACCUGCUGGUCUUGAUGUUUAGAGAAUUAAAGACCAAAUAGAUUUUCAAAACUGAGGUCAUUUAAUCAUCUGUCAACAAUUUAAAUGGUUUGUAUUUCCACAUACUUCUCGUAACGUCAUCUAUCUGUAUCUGUAACCUCUAGCUUUUGGCUGAGUGGUAGAUUCGUGUCGAAGAGAAGAGCAGGAAAAGUCGUCACGUCAAAGUACUUCAUAUGUUAAAGUUUGUUGACAUGAUAACUAGCCAGAAACUUUUCUUGUUCCUUGAUGGUGGUGGUUCUCCUUUUCCAUGUGUGUGUGUAUGUGUUGGAGAUGAGGGAUUGUGUGCUCAGAUGUAUGAGGUAGAUAAUUCAUUCUUCUUGGUGCCAGUCUCACAAUAUACAAAGAUAAUCCUUGAGGUUAUCAUCUGCACUAUCCCUCUAGGUAGAGGAGGCCCAACACUGCUGUGGCCUUCCCCUAGUCUUAAAGUCUUAAAGCUCUUUCCUUUUUAGGGAAAACAAAAAUGACAGUUAAUUGAGGUUAUAACCUUGAAGCAAUACUUUUUAUUGGACAGAUCUAUAAGUCUCAAUUGAUUGCUUUUACUACAAAGAGAAAAAUUAUGGGCAAAUCAUGUUGCCUUAACCCUGACAACCAGUGUGUUGCCUUCCUUAUGGUGUUCCUGAUGUGUCAGUUGUAGUGUUUGCACUCUUGAGUAGUGUAUGUGCUUGCACAGGGACAUUGGCUAUGCAAUGAUUGCUCAGACAAUACAAAACUAAAGGAGAGAACCUCAUUGAUUCCUAAAAUUAUAAUAGUGUGAGAAGUGUACCAAGUGGUGAAAGUGUCUACAUAAAACCAGUGUGACAGAACAGAACUUGCCCAUGUAUCAUCUUCCCAAAGCCUUACUCUAAACCUGUGGCUUUGGGUGGGGGUGGUGGAGCAAGACAAGACAUGAGAGGAGUGUGGGUUCCUUCACUAUUAUCUUGUAGCAUAAUGAAUGUAGUGCUGAAGUAUCUCAUAAGUGUUGACAAAUAAAACAUAUUAAGAACCUUAUUAGUGCAGAGGACUUAUCUUGUAAGGUUGUUGAUUCAUAGUAUUUCAGUAUAGACAAGUAACUUUCCCAGCAAUCACAAACAAUUUGCCAUGAAAACGAGAGUUACCUAGAUGUGCAGACCAUUUGCCUUGCUGAGCGUCACUAACAUAGUAAUGUUAUCUUGUCAAAAGUAUAAUUGGUGGUACAUUCAGUCAAGGAUCAAAUGACAUGUAUGUUAUCUGUCUUGUUGAAUAUAUAUUGUGUUGUUUAUUGUGGUAAAGCGAGAUGAAAGUUGAAA